UUCUUGCCAGAGGGCGACUCGUCUGUCGGAUGGUGAAUGGCCUUCAGCAUCAGGGUGAUUCGGCAAUUUGCAAGCUGACGUCAUUGGCUAUAUCCGGGCAACGAGGUAACAAAAAUGGCGACAAUGAAUCACUGUUGUGGAGCUAGCAGAGUACACAACUCGUCACAACAACAAGUGGAUCGCUUAAAAUUAUUAUAUCCGUUAGUUAAUGAAGAAGAAACUCCUCUACCACGUUCCUGGAGCCCCAAAGAUAAAUUCACGUACAUCGGUUUAUCGCAGAAUAAUUUGAGAGUCCAUUACAAAGGUAUUGGAAAAAAUCAUAAAGAUGCAGCAAGUGUAAGAGCUACUUAUCCUAUACCAGCAGCCUGUGGCCUUUAUUAUUUUGAAGUGAAGAUUGUUAGCAAAGGAAGAGAUGGUUACAUGGGUGUCGGCCUUUCUGCUCAAGGUGUAAACAUGAAUAGAUUACCCGGAUGGGAUAAACAUUCUUAUGGCUAUCACGGAGACGAUGGACAUAGUUUCUGUUCCAGCGGAACCGGCCAGCCAUAUGGUCCCACGUUCACCACAGGCGAUGUCAUAGGCUGUGGGGUUAAUUUAAUAGAUAACACUUGUUUCUACACAAAAAAUGGACAUAAUCUUGGCAUAGCAUUUACAGAUCUCCCUCCAAAUCUAUAUCCUACCGUAGGUUUGCAGACACCCGGCGAAGUCGUAGACGCAAAUUUCGGACAAGCUCCGUUUGUUUUCGACAUCGAAGAUAUGAUGAAAGAGUUAAGGAUGCAAACCAGAAUGACUAUUGAAAAAUUUCCAGUAAAUGAUAGACAAGGAGAAUGGCAGACUCUUCACAGGAUUGUCCAGACGUAUUUAGUACAUCACGGUUAUUGUUCAACGGCCGAAGCAUUUUCACGAAGUACGGGACAGACUUUCGACGAAGAUGUUUGUUCUAUCAAAAAUAGGCAAAGGAUACAGAAAUUAGUAUUAGCAGGUAGAAUGGGAGAAGCCAUCGAAACAACGCAAAAUCUAUAUCCCGGUCUUCUAGAACGUAAUCCUAACUUGUUAUUUAUGCUUAAAUGUCGUCAGUUUAUAGAAAUGGUAAACGGAACAGACAGCGAAGUCAGAUCUGGUAGAAGUCCGAAGUCUCGGGAGAGUUCGCCCAGCAUGAGUCCUAACUAUUCUACACAAUACCUACAGAGGACAGCUCAUGUUUCUACCGUUGUAUCGCGAUGUCACAGUCCUCAGAUCAUACCAACCAAACCAAUUGUGCCAGUGACUUCAGAAAAUAGUGUAAAUAAUAAUACGUCAGUAGAACAAAUGAAUGCAACUAAUAAUGUGUUAAAUGGAGAAAUUACAAACGGGAAUUCGGAAUUCGUCCGAAGUGAAUUCUCCAAUCCCGAUCCGGACAUUGAAAUGGAGAGCAUGGACUCCAAUGUUAAUGAUCACGUGAGUGUGUCUAGGACUAUGAUGUCCAUAACUAAUGGUACUGUAAUUACCGGUUCGGAUAACUAUCAAAAUGGUUGCAGUCACGAAAACGAUAAAGUAGAAAAUAGUAUGGAAAUCGAUCAACCUGUCGGAAGAAAACAGUUAUGUGAUAGAAGUCAUGCCGCAAUCGAGAGAAUGCUCCAGUUCGGUCGAGAAUUACACAUCAUGAGUGUCCAGUUGAAACGGGAGCACGGUACAAAUGAAACAAAUAAAAAGUUAUUACAGGAUGCCUUCAGUCUUUUAGCUUACGCUGAUCCGUGGAAUAGUCCGGUAGGAUUUCAGCUUGACCCAGUACAACGAGAACCAGUUUGUGCUGCCCUUAAUAGUGCCAUUCUUGAAUCCCAGAAAUUGCCUCGUCAGCCACCUCUGGAACUAGCACUGGCUCACACCCGUGAAUUAAUAAGACUGAUGUCACGGUCGGGAUUAGGCUCUUGUGCUUUCGCAAAUGUGGACGAUCUUAUACAAUGACUGUUAUUUUAAUGCGAAUGAACAAAAAAAAAAAAAA